AUGGACGCCUCCUCCCUCCGCAUCUCCAAGUUCGAUGGAACUAACUUCCACGCCUGGAAGUUCAAGAUGCAGAUGGUGCUGGAGGAACGGGACCUAUGGGAGGUCGUCAGCGGUGAGAUCAAGGCGGAACACCAUGGAAGAUUCCCAGCUACCGUUGGUCCGGUCGGCAAGUGGUGCAUGCGACGCAUGGUCAAGGUUGGAAGACCACUUCGAGAGAAGAAGAGUCUUGCCAACAAGCUGUUCUUGCGCCGUCGCUUCUUCACGACAAUGAUGGAAGAAGGCGACGAUGUGCUCGAACACAUCAACAAGCUCAAGACGCUGGCGGAACAGCUAGAAGCGGUGGGGGCUCCAGUCUGCGAGGACGAUCUGGUGAUCACACUCCUCGGCAGCCUGAGUGACUCGUAUCAAUUCUUGAUCACAGCUUUGGAGUCGCGCUCAGACACUCUUAGCUGGGAGCUCGUGACGUCUCGACUGCUUCAUGAAGAAAUGAAGCGGAAGGAGCAAGGAAGUAAAGGUGAUGAAGCUUCGCAAGGUCAAGCGUUCAUCACAAGGGACAAUCAGCGCAAAGGGCGACCAGUGAAGAAGUCCUGGCCGUGCCACAAUUGCGGAAAGAUUGGUCACUGGAUGGCGGAGUGCCCCUCGCGCAUCCAAGAAAACACGGAGAGACACCGGCCACAGCGUGCUCAAGACAGCGGCGACCGCUAUCGAUCACAACGUGCAAACGUCGCUCAAGAAGAAGACUCGGGCGACUACCUCUUUCGAUCGGUGAAACGACAUCUGCGAAAUCGAGCGACAUCUGGCUGGUCGACUCCGGGGCGACGCAGCACAUGA